ACCUUCUUUUGCAUAACACCUCCCGAACAUUCCAGAACCCCUGAGAGCCAGCGCGUUCCUUUCUCCCAGAAUACUCCUCCAACGACUUUAAAACCCCACCUCUCUUGUCUCGUCUCUGUCCCUUUCCGAUUUCGAUCUCUCCCUCCCCAUUUCCCUCUCUGCACGAUCUAGGGUUUUCUCCUUCGUCCAUGGCCGAGGAGGCGAAAGCCAAGGGCAACGCGGCGUUCUCCGCGGGGCGCUUCGACGACGCCGUGCGCCACUUCUCCGAGGCCAUCGCCCUCGCCCCCACCAACCACGUCCUCUAUUCUAACCGCUCCGCCGCGUACGCCUCCCUCCACCGCUACGCCGAGGCCCUCGCCGACGCCGAGAAGACCGUGGAGCUCAAGCCCGACUGGGCGAAGGGCUAUUCCCGCCUCGGCGCCGCCCACCUCGGCCUCGGCGACGCCGACGCCGCCGUCGCCGCCUACGAGAAGGGCCUCGCCCUCGACCCCAACAACGACGCCCUCAAAUCCGGCCUCGCCGACGCCCGCGCCGCCGCCGCGCGCGCAGCGCGAGCUCCGCCGUCCCCCUCCGGAGCCUCGCCCUUCGGCAAGAUCUUCCAGGGCCCCGAGCUCUGGACGAAACUCACCGCCGAUCCCACCACGCGGGGCUACCUCCAGCAACCGGACUUCGUCCAGAUGCUCAAAGACAUCCAGAAAAACCCUCAGAACAUCAAUCUGUACCUCUCGGAUCAGCGGAUGAUGCAGGCGCUCGGAGUCCUCCUUAACGUGAAGAUGAGGGCGCCGACGGACGAAAUGGAGAGGGAGAGGGAUUUCCCUCAGCCGGAGCCAACGGCGAAGGCCCCGGAGGCUGAACCAGCAAAGGAACCGGAGCAGGCGCCAGAGCCAAUGGAGGUAACGGGAGAGGAGAAGGAAGCGAGGGAGAGGAAGGCGGAGGCGCAGAAAGAGAAGGAGGCCGGAAAUGCCGCGUACAAGAAGAAGGAUUUUGAGUCGGCGAUUCAGCAUUACACGAAGGCAAUGGAGCUGGAUGACGGGGAUAUUUCCUAUCUCACUAAUAGGGCUGCGGUCUACUUGGAGAUGGGAAAGCAUGAAGAAUGUAUAAAGGACUGUGAUAAAGCUGUUGAGAGGGGCAGAGAGCUUCACUCUGAUUUCAAAAUGAUAGCAAGGGCUUUAACCAGGAAAGGAACUGCCUUAGUGAAGCUUGCAAAAUGCUCAAAGGACUAUGAUCUUGCCAUUGAAACUUUUCAAAAAGCCUUAACUGAACACCGCAAUCCGGACACUCUCAAAAGGCUAAAUGAUGCUGAGAGAGCAAAGAAAGAACUUGAGCAACAAGAGUACUUUGAUCCAAAGAUAGCUGAUGAGGAGCGAGAGAAAGGCAAUGAGUUUUUCAAGCAGCAAAAAUACCCUGAAGCUAUAAAACAUUACACUGAAGCUCUGAAGAGGAACCCGAAGGAUCCAAGGGUAUAUAGCAACAGAGCUGCAUGCUACACAAAGUUGGGAGCUUUACCGGAAGGUCUGAAGGAUGCUGAGAAGUGCAUUGAACUUGACCCUACCUUUUCGAAAGGUUACACUAGGAAAGGCGCUAUACAGUUCUUCAUGAAAGAAUAUGACAAAGCGUUAGAGACUUAUCAGGAGGGCUUAAAGCACGACCCUAACAAUCAGGAACUGUUGGAUGGUGUGAGGAGAUGUGUUGAACAGAUUAACAAGGCUAACAGGGGUGAGAUUAGUCCAGAAGAAUUGAAAGAGAGACAGGAGAAGGCCAUGCAUGACCCAGAGAUACAGAAUAUCUUGUCUGAUCCCAUAAUGCGUCAGGUAUUGAUCGAUUUCCAGGAGAAUCCGAGGGCCGCACAAGACCACCUGAAGAAUCCUCAGGUGAUGCAUAAAAUCCAGAAGCUUAUUAGCGCUGGAAUAGUCCAGAUGAGAUAAAAAAGGAGAUUUAUGAUUUACCAACUGUGUUUGUCAUGUGUGCCCCCAUGUGCUAAGAUUGUUUUGUCCAAACUUUUUAGAGUACUCCCUUUUGAAACUUGUGGAACUUUAUAAUCUUCGUUUCUUAAUUAUUGAAUCCUUGCAAGUACAGUGAGACAAAUAAGUUUUUCAUUUAUGGAGUGUGAGAAGUGUUUCAUUAGUAAGCUCUGAAAUUUGCCUAUCUGUUGAUAAUGAUGUUCUUCGGAGGGUUGUUUAAACGAAUGAUGUAGAAAUGAGGUUAACAUCCUUC